AUGAUAACUGGCCCAGCAAUAACGAUAACGACUCUAAAUGAAACAUCACCAGCAACUAAACGAACUUUAUUUCGUAUAGCAUUAUGUGUUGCUAUGUUUGGUUCAGUUGCUGUUAGUACAAUAUUAUUUUUACAAGGUGGAUUAGUUCUUGGUCGUCUUCCAUAUUUUAUUGAUAUUGGUCAACAUUCACUUUAUAUUACAUCAAUACUUUUACUUAUUUUUAGUCUUCUUUCAAUAUUAACAUUUAUUAUUUUAGCCAUUGGCUUAAUUAAAGUAAAAAGAAAUUUUGCUAUUAUAGCUGCUGGUUUAUUAAUUAUAUGUUCAUUGGGUCUUAUUACAUUUAGUAUUUGGUCAUUUAUUACACUCUCGAGUGAACAAUUACCAAAAUCAAUUAAUGAUACAUUAAUUCACGAAUUAGAUCAAACACAAUUUAAUGUUAUUAGUGGAAAUAAUAUUACUGUUAUUAAUACAUUUAAAAUGUCCCGAUUAGAAAAACAACAUCAAUGUUGUGGUUUUACUGAUCCAAUUGAAGAUUAUCAGAGUCGACAACCUUCUACAUAUCGAUCAGCAUCAUUGAGUAGUGGAAAUACUAAAGGACGAAUAACAUCAAUUCAAAGAAAUCCAUCAACAUCUACAUCAUCUUUACUAUUACCAAUAAGUUGUUGUAAUGAAAAAUAUCGUUCAAGUGACAAUAAUUUAUGUAUUGAUACUUAUGGAAAUAAUACAAAUCUAUUAAAUCGUUAUAAUACCGAAGGAUGUUCUACUGUUAUUAUUCGAGCAAAAUUUAAACAUAUUCAACAACAAGGUUUUAUAACUAUUGUAGCUUCUGCUUUAUCUGUGAUUAGUUGUAUUGCAUUAGCUGCUGUUAUAAGAUUAUUAACAGAAGCCUCUCAAGUUGUACCAUUACUAAUAGCAGCAUAA